UUAAAACGGCGUCGUCAUGCUUCAGGCUUAAUCAGUAGUAGGUUGUCUUUUGGCUUUUAUUAUCGCCGCCGGGACAGAGAAAGGGGAGUAGAUUUGAUCUCUCUUCUCGAUAAAACUCGAACGGGAAUCUCUGUUUAGGGUUUCGGUUGUUGUUGAGAGAGAUCGAGAACUCCUGAAGGAAAAAUCUUAGGGAUCGUAAUUGUAAUUUGGUGUGAUUGCGAUUUUUCUCUGUUAGUGGUGAUUUAUUCAAUCGAUGGCAUCAGAGGAUGUGAGAAGGACCGAAUCGGCAGCUGUUUCGACGAUCGUUAAUCUGGCGGAGGAAGCGAAGCUGGCGACGGAAGGAGUCAAAGCUCCGAGUUUCCUCAGCAUCUGCAAGUCUCUCUUCGCCGGCGGCGUCGCUGGUGGAGUGUCACGAACUGCAGUUGCACCUCUGGAAAGGAUGAAGAUAUUACUUCAGGUCCAAAAUUCGCAUAACGUAAAGUAUAGUGGGACGGUCCAAGGAUUGAAGUAUAUUUGGAGAACAGAGGGCAUUCGUGGACUGUUCAAAGGAAACGGUACCAACUGUGCUCGUAUUGUUCCAAAUUCGGCUAUUAAAUUUUUCAGCUAUGAGCAUGCUUCAAACUACAUUCUGUACAGGUAUCGUCAGGGGACAGGAAAUGAUUCUAUGGUUUUCUCUUCUGCAGAAAAUGCCCAACUCACUCCUCUUUUACGGCUUGGAGCUGGUGCAACUGCUGGAAUAAUAGCCAUGUCUGCAACAUACCCCAUGGACAUGGUUCGUGGAAGGCUAACUGUCCAGACCGCAAACUCACCUCAUCAAUAUAGAGGAAUUGCCCAUGCUUUGUAUUCUGUCCUGCGACAUGAAGGUCCAAUGGCCUUGUACCGUGGUUGGCUUCCAUCAGUGAUUGGAGUUGUCCCAUAUGUGGGUUUGAACUUUUCGGUCUACGAGUCUCUAAAAGACUGGCUACUUAGAGACAAUCCAUUGGGACUAGCAGAUAACAACGAGCUGUCCGUUGUGACGAGACUGUCUUGUGGUGCUGUAGCUGGAACAGUUGGUCAAACAGUUGCUUAUCCACUCGAUGUGAUUCGUAGGAGAAUGCAAAUGGUUGGGUGGAAAGGUGCUUCCUCCUCUGUUGUUGCAGGCGACGGGAUAGGCAAGGCCUCGGUUGAGUACAGCGGUAUGAUCGAUGCAUUUAGAAAAACAGUUCGUCAUGAAGGAUAUGGAGCAUUGUACAAGGGCUUGGUCCCCAACUUUGUGAAGGUUGUACCAUCGAUUGCGAUUGCAUUCGUGGCAUUUGAGAAUGUGAAAGACAUUCUAGGAGUGGAAUUUAGGAUAUCGGACUGAGCCAUCUGAUAUCUUCGAAGAGAAGAGAGCACACUUCUAUUUUUGUAACCGAGGAGACACAAGAGUCAGUUCACAAAUUUAGGGGCUUUAUUUAUCUCCUUUCAACAUCCGUGGAAAGGAUAAAAAAGGCUAAUAGGGGGAUUUAGCCAAACUUUUUUUUAAUUUUUUCUUCUUUCUGCUUAUAGAUUGGGUUUUUGCUUUUUCUUCUUAAGCAAAUAAGUCAAGAGGCCAACUAUAUCAAAACCUAUUUGGUACACUGGUGUUUGUGUUACAUGUUUUGGUUGGGUCUUUUGACAUUUUAAGUUUAUCAAUAUUUGUUAUGCUUCUUAGUUGAAUAAUUCCCGUUUUUCUCUAUGUAUCGUUUAAGCUAAAAUUCAUGUGUGCUUGUCAUGUUUUCUUUUAUA